AUGAGUUAUCACACGGCCAUUACAAUCACGACGACGCCUGUCAAGCCCCCAAGCCCGGAUGCUUUGUCUCCCAUAUCUCCCAAGGGUAGAAAGCCACGAGUUCAGCUUGUCGAGGAGCGCCGCACUUACUACGUUACUUCGGAGGUUCCUGCUUCGCAAUGGGAGCACGAUGACCUCGCCAACGCCUUGAAACUGCCAGAACUGUCAACUGGGGAUGCAGAUAGAGGCAACGGCUCCCCAUUCCAGCGCAGCAAAUCUCAGAAUGAGGUGCACGUGCCGACAGCGACCACACCUGUGUCUCCCAGCCCGCCUCGGCCCCGUUCCAUCCAAGACAUGCCCAUUUGUCCUACCAGUCGCUACCGGAGCCGAAGACUGACCCUCUUGAAGCCGAUCUCCAAUGCGCAAACCCCACCGAAUACACCUAUUACUGUGCCUCGUCCCAAAGUUCUUUUCUAUCACAAACAUAACCCUCACUACGGGUUCACAAAUUUUUCUCCCCACCCUGUCUUUUAUCAAGGCAAGAGGUACCCCACCAGCGAGCAUUUGUUCCAGUCUUUCAAGUUUGAACACAAACCAGCUCUUGUAGAGCACAUCAGAGCAUUUUCCGAAAGACCCAGUGACGCUUUCUCUGAAGCACGUCGACUUCAGAGUGAAGUCAGGUCUGACUGGCGGGACGUGAAUAUCGAGAAAAUGGACAUCGCGCUUCAACUCAAGUUCACCCAACACCCUGAUCUCAAACAAGAGCUCCUUACUACUGGCAAUGCAGAGCUGGUUGAAGAUUCGGAUAAAGAUGCAUUUUGGGGAAUUGGUCACGAUGGAAGUGGUCGAAAUGAGUUGGGAAAGGCUCUGGAACGCUUGCGGUCCCAACUCCGUGGCCACUAG